GUCGUCCACCAUAGCAUAAGUAACACCCUAUCAUCUCAUGCAAUGCAACAAUGAGCCCAACUACUUCCUAUUUCCCCUACUUUUAUUCACCAAUAAGAAACAACAACAACUGAGAAAGCAAAGAGAGAGAGAUUGUGUUUCGCACCAAAAACACAUAUAUGAGUAGUAGCUACCAACUAGUAACAAAGCUAAAACAACUCAAGCAUACUUUCAUCUGAGAAAAAGCUGAAAACUCUUAUUGUUUUUGUUUCUCUCUCUCUCUCUCUCUCUUCUCACUUUAACAAUGCUUAUUGUUUUUGUUUCUCACUAUCACUAACAACAUCUCCACAAAGACUCAUCCAUGGAGUUUGACCUUGAAAACCCUCUAGAAAAUUUCCAUGACCUUCCUUCUCAUGGUGUUUCUUCUUUCUUCCUCAUUGAAUCUGACCACAUCCCACCCCAAAAUUACUUUCAAAUUCUCAAAUCUAACGAUUUCGAUAUCUCACUUAGAAGUGAUAUCAUCUCUUUAAUCUCACAUUUGUCCUGCACCUUCGAUCCAUUUGUGACUUACCUAGCUAUCAACUAUUUGGAUCGCUUCCUCGCUAACCAAGGGAUAUUGCAUCCAAAACCAUGGGCCAACAAACUUCUUGCAGUAACUUGCUUCUCUCUAGCAGUAAAAAUGUUGAAAACAGAGUACUCUGCCACUGAUGUUCAGGCUCUUCUAAAUAAUGGUGAUGGUGGUUUCAUUUUUGAGACACAAACAAUAAAAAGAAUGGAAGCAGUUGUGUUAGGAGCACUACAAUGGAGAAUGCGUUCAAUCACACCUUUCUCUUUCAUUCCUUACUUCACCAAUUUAUUCAACCUUGAUGAUCAAUCAUUGAGAAAGGUUCUGAAAGAUCGAGCAUCUGAAAUUAUUUUUAAGUCACAAAAUGAUAUAAAAGUUUUGGAAUUCAAGCCAUCUAUUGUUGCUGCUUCAUCUCUUCUUUAUGCUUCACAUGAGUUGUUUCCUUUUCAAUAUCCAUGCUUCUUGGGAACAAUAUCCGAUUGUUCAUAUGUAAAUAAAGAAAGUGUUAUGCAGUGCUAUAAUGUAAUACAAGAUAUAGCUAAGGAGGAGUACGAAUCUAUGUUUAAUGUGAAUUCAAGUUCAGGCACACCAGUUAAUGUGUUAGAUGAACAUUUUCUAAGCUUGGAAAGUGAAUUAACAAACGGCACCAAUGUUGCUUCUACUACUAUGAUACAACAAGAGAAGCAUUUCAAGAGAUGGAAAAUUUAAAUCACCAAAUAUGGUAGCAUUGUCCUAUUUUCUCAAUUUCAUCAAUGCUCAAUAACCAAAAUAGAAAGAAGAUACAUUUAAUGUAUGUUUUGUUCGGAGUUUGACUGAUAAAAUUACGGCAAACCACUGUAAUUUUACAAAAACUAUCUAAUAUAGUUUUUGCAAAAUCACGUUAAAUUACUGUGAUUUUAUUAAUUUAACUUUAAAACUAAACAUGCGAUUAAUCUUUCUAAUCCAUCCAAGAGAAAUUAAUGUUAUUGUUAUGAUAAAAAAAUAUUAAGGUGAAAAAAUGAGGAUAAAAUAAUAGGAAGAGAUAGAUAUGGAAUGGGAAUGAAAGUGAGAAAAAAAAGGAAUUCGAUCCAUAGUUAGUGGACAAAAUCAAUGUAACGUGAUCCUCGUACGGUUUUCAUUAAAUUUGGUGAUUGAGAAAAGGAACGUGGAAGAAAAGAUUGGAAUUAAUUUUUCUUUUUCCUAUGUCAUAUGUUUGAGCAAAACAAAGAGACAAAACGUAACUUUGAAUUGUAUGGUUGGAUUUGUAUAUGUAUGUUUUGUAAUGAAGUGAGGUUCUGUCUCUUAGCUUA